AUGCUUAAAAAAGACGAAGAAAUCCCCGUUAAACGCGAUGGUUAUAGCAACUGUUAUGUAGGGGAUGGGGGAGAUAUCCUACAGGAUAAGAAAGCUAUUUUAUAUGCUGCAACUUUAUUAGAAAGUGAUGAUACCGAGAUACUAGAUUUAUGUCUCGAUAUUUUAGAAAAUUACAUCAACAUUAAAACAGCCUAUAAAUUUAUACUAUCUACUUUUGGUAUCUACGAAUCGAUAGAAGCAUUGGCAAUUAGGACGAGAGACAAAAAUCAGGAUAUUUAUCAGAAAGCUAUAAAACUGACAAGCGAACUUAGAUACUUCGCACCGCCUGCGUACAGUACCAGAAACAGACUGAAAAAAGGCAAAUCAUCUAAGAAACAUAAUUUAUAUAUCUUAUACGUGGAAGGAUUGAACGGGGAGAAUCUAUUACGAUUAGAAGAGUUGAUGGUUAAAAUAAAAGGAGUGAUAUCGUUUCUGGUAGACGUAAACACAAAGAGAUGCACGAUUAGAAUAUCUUUAGAACUAGAAAUAAAUGAACUCGUUUACAAAGUAUAUCAAAAAACCGGACUGAAAUGUUUUAUUGUUGUAAGAAAUAAAUUGACUGGUUUGGAGGAACAUAUAGACAUUUUAAAAGUCAUCCGAGGCGAAAGUAUUUACGAAUACCCUGAAGAUAAUGUGUCGCCAUCAAAAGGAGGAAACGUUAUUAUGGAAACUGCAAGAAAUUUAGCACAAAGCGGUAAUAAUGUCAUAAAGUCCAUAGCAAAUUUUUGGAAUGACGCAUUGUAUUGGUAG